UGAUUUAUGUACAAAGCUUCCGUGCGUAAAAGCUUUCCACUUGAGCCACAGAGGAGGCGGCAGUGUGGGAGGUGUGUGUUCAAGUUUUGGCUGCGGGGGGGUUGGAGCGUCCAGAGGAGGCGGACCUUCUCCAACCCCCACAGUUUGUGCUCCAAUGUGCUUCACAAUGCCGACCAUUUCUCCACAAGCUUUCCUCGCUGCUGGCGCUCCCAUUGCGCGUAAAACAACUCCAAAUAAAUCACGAGGAAGAGCCUCCCGUCCUUCCACGACUGGGGAAUUAAUCCUGACAAUCUCCUGUACACAGCCAUUCUUUGAAGAGCAUCUGUUGCACCCGGCAGGAUGGAACCGUCUCAGUCGGAGAUUAACAUCUUAUCCAAUGGGAAGAGACACGACCUCGGAGAUGAUGUGGGCAUGCCGAUGAAGACGCUGCUGGAGGAAGAUCAAAAUGGCACUCAAACAGUCAGGUUUGAUGACCCUGAUGGAGGUUUGGAGAAUGAGGAGUUUUUGCCCAGUGCUGAUGGAAAGAAACCUGUGCGAUUCACUGAUUUUGAAGGGAAAACCUCCUUUGGCAUGUCCGUCUUCAAUUUGGGUAAUGCCAUCAUGGGGAGUGGAAUCCUGGGCCUAGCCUACGCCAUGGCCAACACUGGAAUACUCCUUUUCUUGUUUCUUCUGACUGCAGUAGCGGCCUUGUCGUCUUAUUCUAUUCAUCUGCUGCUCAAGUCCUCUGGCAUUGUGGGAAUUCGAGCUUAUGAACAGCUGGGCUUCAGAGCUUUUGGCAUUCCUGGAAAAAUGGCGGCCGGCAUUGCCAUCACUCUGCAGAAUAUCGGAGCCAUGUCCAGCUACCUGUACAUUGUGAAGUCGGAGUUACCGCUGGUCAUCCAGGCGUUCUUGAAGGCCGACCCGAACGCAGAUCUGUGGUAUUUGAACGGCAACUAUCUGGUCAUCAUGGUGUCUGCCAGCGUCAUCCUGCCCCUCGCCCUCAUGAAGCAGCUGGGCUAUCUGGGCUACACCAGCGGGUUUUCUCUCAGCUGCAUGGUGUUCUUCCUCACUGCGGUCAUCUACAAGAAGUUCCAGAUUCCCUGCCCUUUUGAGGAGUUCUCAAUCAACAAAACGGUGAGCCUGAACUUGUCAAGCCACAGUGGCGAUUACGGUCUAGCUCACCAAGAGGACGACGACCAUUGCACCCCGCGCAUGUUCACCAUCAACUCACAGACAGCCUACACCAUCCCCAUACUGGCCUUUGCCUUCGUUUGCCACCCAGAGGUCCUCCCCAUCUACACUGAGCUCCGCGAUCCAACCAAGAAGAAGAUGCAGAAGGUGUCCAACAUCUCCAUCUUCGUCAUGUACACGAUGUACUUUCUGGCAGCUCUCUUUGGCUACUUGACCUUCUACGGCAACGUUGAGCCAGAGUUGCUGCACACUUACAGCCGUAUCGAUCCUUACGACACUCUGAUCCUGUGCGUGCGAGUGGCCGUCCUCACCGCCGUCACGCUCACCGUCCCCAUUGUGCUCUUCCCUGUGCGUCGAGCCAUCCAGCAGAUGUUGUUUCCCACCAAGUCUUUCAGCUGGCUGCGUCACAUUGCCAUCGCUCUGGUGCUGCUCACUUUCAUCAACAUGCUGGUCAUUUUUGCUCCCAACAUUCUGGGCAUCUUUGGAAUCAUCGGAGCCACGUCUGCGCCCUGCCUCAUUUUCAUCUUCCCUGCUGUCUUCUACAUCCGCAUUGUUCCCAAAGACAAGGAACCCAUGAACUCUAUGCCCAAAAUCCUGGCUGCCUGCUUUGCCGCAUUGGGCGUCUCCUUCAUGAUAAUGAGCCUGAGCUUCAUCAUCAUCGACUGGACGACGGGGAGCAGCAAUGCCGGCGGCGGCCACUAGAACCCUCGUGAGUGUGGAAAGACGAGAAGGAAGAGCCAGGCAGUGGAGAGAGUCAACUCACUGAAAGAAACCACACAAGCCGUCCCAGCCAGCAUAAAGCCUGGGAUUUGCUAUGAAAUAUAUCAAACAAAUAGUACAUUUGUAUCGAUAAAGAAAUAACAUUUGACUGCAAGUUGACACACGUACACUCAUUGGCCACUCAAAAACCUUCAAUCACAUGCGGUACUUUGUGCGUGUCUAAAAUGUCUAAAACAAACAAGUAGAGGACAGGCGUGGAACAGGAGUGUGUAUUUAUGUUUUUUCAUUUCAAAAGGACUAUAUUUAACUACAGCGCAUUGGCGGUAAUGGUCCAAAUUCAUUAUACACACUCCUGAUCAAAAUGUUCAGAGCAGUUGGAAAAAUGCCAAGAAUGUACAUUUUGCACUGUCGGAUCUUAAGGAGGUUCUAAGUAGAGCUUCAAAAUGCAAAAAGAAGAAAUGGGAGUGAGUGAGUAAGCAAUUUAUUGCAAAGGAGCGUUAAAGUGAAACAGGCUGUUCAAAAGUUUAAGAGCACAGCCUUUAAAAGGCAAAAUGUUGGCAAAAAUGUGGAUUGAAUGUGAUUUAGUGUCAGGUAUUCACACUGUCAUGAUCUCUCGAUGUUAAAGGCAAAAAAGCUUUCUCUCUUUGAACACGGUGGGAUUGUUGAGCUGCAUAAGCAAGGCCUCUCGCAGCGCAUCAUUGCUGCUGGGGUUGGACGCAGUAAGGCAGUCAUUUCACACUUCUUCAAACAUCCUGAUGCUCAUGGAACAAAAAAGUCAAGUGGUAGACCCAAAAACAAUGAGCUGGAGGAUCCCAUUGGCGGUCCGUCAAGACACGGGACCAUCCUCGGCCCAAAUGAAGGUUGUUACUGGUGCCGAGUGCAGUCCAAUAACCAUCAGACACUAUCUGCAAGAGAAGGCUUUUAAGAAGAAAAAAAGCUCUUCAAAGGCCUCGUCUCCUUCAACGCCACAAAAUUGUUGUUUGGGAUUUGCCGAAGAGCAAACAUGGGACAUUGAAAGGUGGAAGAAAGUUUUAUCCUCCCUUGACGGUCCUGAUGGCUUCCAACAUUACUGGCAUGACAAGGAGAUCCCACCUGAGAUGUUUUCCACACGGCACAGUGGAGGGGGCGCCAUCAUGAUCCUUCAGUGGAACAAUGGAGCUUCAGAUUGUGCAGGGGCGUCAAACAGCAGAUGGCUAUGUGGAGAUGUUACAGGGGGCAUCCCUCAUGACUGAAGGCCCUUGUCUGUGUGGUAAUGAUUGGCUUUUUCAACAGGACAACGCUGCACUUCACAAAGGACUUCUUCCAGAGGAAUAAGCUCACUCUUUUGGACCAUCCUGUGUGUGGACAUCAGUUCCAGACAGUGGAUGCCCUCCGUGAAGCCAUCUUCACCACCUGGAGCAACAUUCCCACUAGCCUACUGAAGACACUGGCAUCAAGCAUGCACAAACCCAUUUUUCACCUCAUUAACAAGAAUGGCAUAGCUACUCAUUACUUUCUCAUUACUCCUUUUUUAUACAUUUUAUUUCUAUUUUAGGGGGGUUUCUUUUUUUUUUUAGUUAUGGUCUUAAACUUUAGUUUAAGCCUAUUUCACUUUAGUGCUUCUUUGCAAUAAAUUGCUUACUCACUCACUCCCAUUUCUUCUUUUUGCAUUUUGAAGCUCUACUUAGAACCUCCUUAAGAUCCAACAGUGCAAAAUGUCCAUUCUUGAUGUUUUUCAACUGGUCUUAACAUUUUGAUCAGGAGUGUGUAUCAGUGGUUGUCAAACUUUUGACACCAAGUGUCAUCUCAGUUUGGUGCAAGUACCACCGUUUUUAUUACCUCCGCUCGCCAUCACCGCUUGGGUUUGAAUAUCCUGCUUAUACUCCCAGCUAAUUAGCUUGUGGCGUAUACAGGAAAUAUUCAUAAACAAUAAAAUCAUGAACAAUAUUUAACAUUAUUUCAGCAAAGGACAUUUUAAUUUGAAAUCAUAUUUCUUAAUUACAUUUGUAUUUGUACGAUUAUUUCAUGUACAUAUUGCCAAUGUCAUUUUAUUUUAUAUUUUUUUUAAAUCUCCGUUGUACCACCAGAUGAGCCCACCUCAGCCCACAGUUUGAGGCUCAGUGUUAAAUACGAUUUGGUUUUUAAAUCAUUGAUGACAGUUAUGAACUGAUAAUAUUUUGAAAUCAUUAAUCACGGCAAACCUCUCUUUGGACGACUGCCAGUUUAAAUAUGCAGUUAAGCCCAAAUGUAUUCAAAUUCUAACUUCAGUGUACAUUUUUAUUAGUUAAAUCUUCUGGAAAUGACACAAGAAAGUGACGUCAUUUAGCUUUGUAAGGAAUUUUUUAAUAAUUCUGAACAUUUUUAAGAGAUAAUACAAAAAGCAGCCAUUAAAUGGUUGUAUGGUAAUCCCUCGUUUAUCGCGGUUAAUUGGUUCGCCUAAUGCGAUACAUGAGUCAAUGUUAAUAAACGGCAUAUUUUCAUAGUUAGAGCGUAGAAAACCUGUUUAUGACUUUCUUAAUACGGGUUUCAACAUUAUUAGAGCCGUCUAGACAUGAAAUAACACCCCUUUGGUCACUUUUACACUCAUAUUAUCCUUACUUUACAUCAAAUUGGUCAGGCUACGGGAACACUGCAGGGACAUAACAGACAGCCUGGUGCUAGCAGAGCAAGCUAACUAGUUAACCCCUCCAAUUUACUUAUUCUAAACUUAAAGUGGAGUGGGGAAGGACGACAAAGGAGACAAAAACCUACCACUUCCACACGGAACGAGAGGAGAACCUUUUUUUUCCUACGUAGUCUCAGCCAUUGCAUGUCCGUCUCAGCCAUGGCAUGUGGCUUGGGCUCUGCUAGCUCAGCAUCCAGUCUCCAUGCAGUGUGAAAGGUAAUGUCAUCUAACGUCACGUCUCAUACAUUACUGAUGCCUAGUGACCACAAUACUACACAUAACUUGUCUUUCAAUAUUUUUGGACUAAUAAUAGACAAUGGUCAACCACGAUCAUUUUUAACCAAUUAUUAUUUGAAAAACCACGAUAUAGUGAGGGAUUGCUGUAGUGGGUGUGGAUUUUUUAAAGACCAGAGGAAACUACUUUACAAAACUCUCGUAAAGCAAUGUGAAGAUGAACCCACUGGUGGGUUUUUGGAAUAAUUUAAAAAAAAAAUCUCUUAUGAGGCAAAUGUCUCUUCUGGUUGUUGACAUUCUGUGUUCUGAUUAGUACUUUUGUGUCAUUAUUGUCAGUAUGUGACCUGAUGAGCACCAUUUAAUGUCUUUUAUAUUUUUGGGUGGUGAGUCCUGUCAUGAUGGUGGUGAUUUGUAAACACACACAGAGCACUUACAACAUGCCAUCCUUAAAUAGAAAAUAUACACAAUAUAGUUUCCUGUUUCAAAGGAGAAAAUAUUUCCAAAGAGAUAUUUUCCACUGCUGCUCGGACCUAAAGAGGCUUUUAUAUGACAUCAACAGAUGUCACAUUUUAUUUAUGCACAAGUCUAUUAUAUGUAGUUUUAGCAGGCUGGAUUGAUGCUUUAUGAGAUAUUUUCACUGAUAAAUUAUGAUGAAGACCUCAAGGAGAUCAUUGUCCGUCCCUUCCAAUGUAUUUGCAGUGUUUUUCUUUUCAAUUAUUUUGUGUUUCUUUGAAGGGAUCAUGCCAAAAUGACAACAAACUACCUACUGGUUUUAAAAAGGCCUUUUAAACACAAACAGAACAUGCAAGCAUGAGGAAUUGCAACACGGUAUGUCCAACGUGCAUUUCCUGGACCUGAUGCUGUCUAUUGUGCCCGAUCAUGCUACAAAACACUCGUCUGCGGAAAUGACACAUUCAGAGGUUUGUCAGUAAGUUCAUCAAUGGCUUUUUUGGUGAGUAAGACGUGGCUUUAUAUAGAUGAUGUAUAUAAAUGUAAACGUUUUAUAUUUGUGAGGCGUAUUCACAGUAGAUUGUAAAGUGUAAAUAGCACGGACCGUUUUAGUUUGACAAUAAAAUAAUUGUAGAUGGGUUUUUUUCCAUCA